AUGAGAAACCAAACAUCAGUGAUAGAGUUCAUUCUUCUGGGAUUGACAGAUGAUAUGGAGCUUCAAGUUGUGCUUUUCCUUUUUCUGCUGCUCACUUAUGUCUUAAGUAUCGUGGGAAACUUGACCAUCAUCAUUGUGACCCUGCUGGAUUAUCGCCUUCAGAGUCCUAUGUAUUUCUUCCUCCGGAAUUUUUCCAUUUUGGAAAUAUCAUUUACCUCUGUCUUUGUUCCCAAAAUGUUAGUCAAUAUUGGAACUGGAGACAAGACUAUCUCUUUUGCUGGUUGUUUCACCCAGUAUUUUUUUGCUAUCUUUCUGGGAGCAAGCGAAUUUUACCUUUUAACUGCCAUGUCUUAUGAUCGUUAUGUUGCCAUUUGCAAACCACUACGUUACAGAAGUAUAAUGAGCAGGAGACUCUGCAUUCAACUUGUCCUCUGUUCCUGGUUUUCUGGUUUUGUAGUUAUCGUUGUGCUACAUAUAAUGACUCUCCAGCUGCGUUUCUGUGCAUCCAACAUCAUCAAUCAUUAUUAUUGUGACUAUACUGUAUUGUUGCAUUUAUCCUGUUCAGACACAUAUUUGAUAGAACUCAUUGAAUUUGUCCUUGCUGCGAUUACCCUCAUCGUCACCUUGAUGCUAGUGAUUCUUUCCUAUACAUACAUUAUUAGGACAAUUCUGAGAAUCCCCUCUGUUCAGCAAAGAAAAAAAGCUUUUUCUACUUGUUUCUCUCACAUGAUUGUGGUCUCACUUUCUUAUGGAAGCUGUAUCUUUAUGUAUAUAAAUCCCUCUGUUAAAGAUGCAGCAACUUUUAAUAAGGGGGUGGCUGUUUUAAAUACCUCUGUUGCCCCUCUAUUGAACCCUUUCAUCUAUACCCUAAGGAACAAGCAAGUGAAAAUAGCCUUCAAAGAUAUGGUCAGCAAGAUAACAAUUUUUUCAAAAAAGUGA